AUGGGUGAAACAUGUUCAUAUCUAACACCCAUUGACGCCAAGAAUCAGAUUCCCCAUUGUUACUAUUGUGCUAUCAAGAAGACAUAUGAAGUUUUAGACCAUGAUUUAAUUAUAUGCUUAGCAACAAGAUAUCAUGGAUCCAUGAAACUGUUAGGUCGAGGUGUGCAAAGCGGAGCAAGUGCCGGCGGCGCGGGCGCAUAUCACCGCCCCGCGCUCGAGGCUCGCACGACCAACACGCCUAUAAGGCGCGGACUUGGGUAUUGGCUAUCACUC